CGUCAUCACUAACUAAAUAUUUGAUAAUACACUAAGGUGCGGGCAACUAAAACGUCGAUUUUGAUUUGAAUUACUCAAGUUGAUUUUCAAAGCUCAAAUUUCAGGUUUUAAAGGCCGGAGGCGCGUGGAAGGUCGAAUGGCGAAUCAAAUGUUUUGAGUUUAGUUUCACUUAAAAAUAUUAUGUUUAGUAAAGUAUUUUUAAAUAAGAUAUUUAUUUCUUUAUUUUCACAUUAAAUAUUUAUUUAUAGUCAUGAUUUUUCCGCGUGCGUAUUCAUUUAAAUUUAAAAUGGAUUUGGGUGUCACACAUAUAUUGGAUUAUGCAAUCAUUCUCACCACAUUUGUCCAAUCUCAUUUAAUAUUUUCUCUCUCUCUCUCUCUCUCUCUCUCUCUCUCUCUCUCUAUAUAUAUAUAUAUAUAUAUAUAUAUAUAUGUCCGCGUACAGUACGUACACGAAAUCAAAUAUUUUCACUUAAUAUUUGUGUUUAAUUUUUUGUCAUAAUAUAAUAUAUUAGAUUUAUUCGUUUAUAUUAUAUAUUUUAUUAAAUUUUCAAUUUGAUUUGAUUACUCUGUAUUUUUUUUGUAUCACUUAAAUACAUUUAUAAAUUUUUAUAAUACGUAUGAAUAAUCGGACCGUGCGAAGCACGGGUAUAAUACUAGUUUAGUCGAAUAAACAUAUCGCUAUAGCCUAUAGGUUUCACAAAAUGAAAAAAAAGCAUCUCAAUCCAACAAAACUAGUAGUAUUAGUUUGAUCCAAAAAAAAAAACAUAUUUAUAUCUUUUAGUGAAAAUCAUGUAUAUACUUUUAUGAAACUAUGUAACGUUAUCUCUUGCAUUUGAUUUUGGAGUUUGGCCUAAAAAGCUUCUAUAAUAUAUUUAAAACUGGCCCAAUUCAUAAUUUCAGAAAUGGGUUUUAGGUGUCUAACAAAAAAAAUAAAAUAAAAAAUCCAAUUCCUUGGGUGAAUUUAUAACUAACCAAUUCGUUAAAAGUUGGUAUAGGUUAUGUAUAGUAAUUGAGUCCAAUUUCGAAUAAUUUUGUAGCAAUUGAGAGAAAUUUUGACCAGAUUCACAAGAAUUUAUUAAAAUAGCAUAUUCAUGCAGUAAAAUGGAUAAUGUCCUCUUCUUCAUGCAUAAAAAGUAAAUACACAAAACAAUCGUAUCUAAAAAAAACUAAUCAAAUAAAAUCAAAUUCUAAAAUAAUAGCAAGAAAUUUCUGAAAUCCAAACAAUAAUAUAAAAAAAAAAUCCGCCUGAAUUUAUGACAAUUUCACUUUGAAGUAAAUGCAUUUAAUAAUCUUAAUUAAAAAGGGGCUGUACUUCAUGAUUAAUCACACCAGAAAAACAAUUAUUUUAGGUUCACUCUAUAACAUAGAUCCACCUGUCUACUAUGAUAGACUAGUAUCCAUUAUUCAACUGCAUGGACUUUGAUUAUUCUUCACAACCACCACCUUUUUCUUUGAUUAAUUUCUUUAUAUUUUUCCCUUUGUUUGCUUCCAUCUCAAGAUUUUUCAAACCAUGAUGUUGAUGAUUAAUUUGUUGGCCUGUCAUCCAGCCAGACACCUAAAAGCCUAAUCAUAACUUCCCCAACCAGAUUAGAUUCUUCAAAAUUUUGCAUUUCCCCAUUUUCUCAAUCAAAAAAAUUCAAGAAAAUGAUCAUGAAUUCAUAAGUGGUAAUUACCAAGAUGAAGAUGAAUAAGUUGAAGUUAUUGCCAAUGAUCCCUUGUUCCAAUAAAUCAUGCUUUCUGAGCUCUGUAGUGGCUCUAAUGGUGCUAGUAGUGACACUGUCACAUCUCUGUGAUCAAACCAAGAGAUUAUCAUCCAAAUACACCACAAUUAGUCACACACAUUUGCAGCCUAGGAGGGCACCUUCAAAGGGGCCUAAUGCACCUCCAAUCUUGGCCUACUGGAUCCUCGGAACGAAGGGCGAAAACCGGAGGAUGAUGAGGCUUUUGAAGGCCAUCUACCAUCCAAGAAACCACUACCUUCUGCAGCUUGAUUCAUCUGCUUCUCAUCAUGAGAGAUUGGAGCUAUCCAUUUGGGCUCAUUCUGAGAUGGUGUUUGAACAGUUUGGGAAUGUUGAUGUUGUUGGGAAGAGCUAUGCUGUGAACCCAAUGGCUGCAUCAGGAUUGGCUGCAGUGCUCCAUGCCGCGGCCUUGAUCCUCAGGCUGCGCGAGGAUUGGGAUUGGUUCGUGCCGUUGAGCACCUCAGAUUAUCCAAUCUUGCCUCAAGAUGAUAUUCUCUAUGCUUUUAGUUCACUGCCUAAAGAUGUCAUUUUUAUGGGAUACAACAAUGCUACUUCCUUUCAAAAGAGGCAAAGUGCUAGGCAGAUUGUUGUGGAUCCAAGUCUAUACCUCACAAAGAAGGCUUCCAUUUUCUAUGCUGUAGAAACUAGAGAAAAGCCAGAUGCAUUUGAGAUAUUUGGAGGUUCACCUUGGAUGGUGCUAACAAGAGGCUUCUUGGAGCAUUGUGUGAAUGGAUUGGACAACCUUCCUAGGAAGUUACUAAUGUACUUCAACAAUGUUGUCUUCCCACUUCAAUCCUACUUCCAAACUGUCCUAUGCAACACUCCCCACUUCCAAAACAACAUCUUGGUGAACAAUGACUUAAGGCAUACUGAGGCACACUUGUCACACACCCAUCCUUCACCAGCAGCAAUCUUCGCGACGCCAUUCAGAAAAGACGACCCUCGGAUGCAAGAGAUCGAUGAGAAGCUUCUCAAUCGCGGCCGUGGCAAGUUUGUGCCCGGGAAAUGGUGCAAUCAAACAGGGCUAGUGAAUCACACUAGUGCAGUGAGAAGUGGUCAAUAUUUGUGUUCAAUUUGGGGAGAUAUUGAUGCUGUGCAGCCAAGUGUUAAAGGGAUUGAGUUGAAAGACUUCUUUUUGAGAGGUGUGGGAGAGAAGAAUAUGGCAAGUAGCCAGUGCACAAGCUAUGUCAUGCAUGAAGCUACAAAGAUUUAAUGUAACAUAAUGAUGGUUUUGUCAAUAGUUUAAGAUAGUUUGCAGCAUAUUUUUUUUUUAAAAAAAUUGAGAUUUAAUUUGAGGGCCUAACUUCUUGCAGUAGUAUGCAAGAUUGUUUAGAAUUAGUCAAUUCUAUUUCAAAUGAUAAUAGUAGAAUUGUCAAUCAUGAUCUCAA